AUGCCUUAUAGCAGGACUACUAGCACUACCAAGGCCGCUGCGGCUGGUCCCUCAUCGUCUGCGGGACCUUCCAAUAUGCCAACUAGCGGACAAGCUGAUAGGUCAGGGGCAAGAUCGCACAAGCGAUCCCGCUUAGGUUGCUUCACUUGCCGACUUCGAAGGAAGAAGUGCGAUGAAACUCACCCAGCAUGCAAAUCCUGCACAAACCUAAAUGUCAAAUGCGAAUACAAGCGACCAAUCUGGUGGGGAAGUCCUGAUCAGCGAAGAAUGCAAAAGGAGCGAAUCAAGAACAAAAUCAAGCAAACAAAGUCACUGGAGCGACAUGGUGGUCAACCUGGUAUCCACACAACAGAAUCAUCUCCACCAAGCGACGAUGAGAGCGACUUCACUCGCGACUUCAGCCGCCCUAUUGAGAACUGGGACUCUUUCGGUCCACACUUCUCACAGCCAGGAUAUGUUCCAAUCACAUACAGCCAUUAUACACCAUAUGAGGUUGAUGUCAAGACUGAACGUCAAACGUUUGUUAAUGAUAUCCCACUUCGCCACGAUUCUUCUACUUCAACAUUCAGUGCGAUGGGACCUCCUCAACUUCACGCUACUCUUCCAACAUUCCCACAGGAAGAGUUCUUCCAAGAAGACUGCUUUGAUCCAGCUCAAACUUUCAACCCGGUCGAUCCGACUCUCGUCGCUCAGAGCACUGGACAUUCCUAUUCGUCUCUCAAUGCCAAUAUUCCUGUCGAUGACUAUGAUCGCCCUCUUCUUGACCAUUUCGUGGAAAACGUACUCCGAAUGAUUUUCCCAAUUCUCGAAGUUCACCAGCAGGGCUCUGCACGCGCCCGAUCGGUUCUUCAAUCCCUAGAGACUAACAAGUCUUACUUCCAUUGCUGCCUGAGCGUUUCAGCUAUUCAUCUCAAGACAACCAACGGAUUCAGUGGCGAGCAAAUCGAUAAUGAUAUCAUGCGCCACCGUUAUGAGGCCAUUUCCGAGCUCUGCGAGUCGCUCAAGAAGGACACCGACCAUGAACAAAUCUUGGAUGCGACACUUGCGAUGAUUUUCUUUCAUUGCUCGGUCGGAGCUCCAACUGACUACCUUCCCGACAUCCACUGGAAUGAUCACUUCCAGGCAGUUUCUAACUUAGUAAACAAACUGGACCUUGCAAACAAAAUGAUCCCAUGCGGUGCAUACUCUGUGCCUCCAUUCAGCAUGUCACUAACAAGCUGGAUCGAUAUCUUGGGUGCCACCAUGCUCGGAAAGACACCACAGUUUGCCCAUUCCUACCGUACCAAGCACCUCAGUGGAACCCCAACUGGUCUUAGGGAGCUUAUGGGAUGUGACGACCGCGUAAUGUAUCUCAUUUCAGAAAUUGCAUGCCUUGACUCACUGAAGAACGAGAAUCGCAUUGACCACAUCACACUCUGCAACCAUGUUUCUUCACUGGGAACUCAAUUGGAAUACACCGAGCCAGCAGACCCCACUCUGGAGAGCCCCUACUCUGACACUGGUGCGGUUCGUCCCGAGAUCUUGACAAAGAACAUGACUGCUCUGUUCCGCCUCGCUGCGCGAAUCUACCUAUGCAGUCUAAUCCCCGGAUCAGACCGCACCGAUGCAAACAUCAUGAACCUCGUCGAUGCGUUCGUCACCACCCUGUCGUACAUCCCAGCCGGUGCUUACGGCUAUGACAAAUCAAUUGUUUGGCCACUGCUCAUGGCAGGCGUCUUCUCAACCCCCAGCAGCGCCUUCCGUCAUAUUUUGAACGACCGCAUGUACACCAUGGGAGAAACAUCAGAUCUCGGUAGCUUUGGUCGCAUGUACCAACUACUGACAGAGUACUGGCGCCUCACUGAUGACCCCAUGGACACACCGCCUGCCGUACAAAACAACAUUUUCCAUACCAGCACCCAAAUCACCGAGGAACUACCUUCGGUUCCUUUGCAAUCUUCUGGAAUGAGGGAAAUCAAGAAGCAGCAGUUCCACUGGCGAGAUGUGAUGAACCGCAAUGGCUGGCAUUACUUGCUGAUUUAA